CAAACGGGGGCAGCACCGCCGCGCGGACCGCUCUUCUUCCCGGGCGACGGGUACGCGGCGGCGCCGGAGCGGGGCCGAGGUCAUCCGCCGUACCCGGCGGCAGCGCAGCCGUUCUCCGACCCGUACUACCCAGCCUACCGCGGCCCGCUGGUGGACGAGGAGGCCAGAAUGGCCGGUUUCUUUGACCCCGUGCCCGUCAGGAGGUCAGCCGCGGGCCGACGAUACGAUGACAAGGUGCGCGUGGAGUCGAUGGAGCGGCAGCUGGCCAACCUGACGGGCCUGGUCCAGAAGGCACUGCACGCGCCGCGGGUGGCGCGCGCCGUCUCCGACCUCGACUCGGGCUACCGGAGCGACCGGGAGACGUACUACCGCACGCCCAGCGACGACAAGCUCCUAAAACCCGAAAAACCUCCAAAAUUAGGACGAGGCAAAGAUAAGUCGGUGUCUUUCGAAAAAUCAGUCAGCUUCAGCGACGAGCCGCACGACCCCAGCGUACCCCCGAAACAGCACUCGCCGACGCAUGCCGCCGACAAGGUGCCCGUGAAGCCAGCCAUCAAGUCAUCAACGCUUCCACGCAUGGGAUCGCAAGAGCGGAUAAAGCCCCCGCCGCCUCCCAAGCCGGCAAUCCUAAUGAGUCACGAGGGCAAGCAUAGCGUGCAUCGAGGUAACAUGACGUUCUCGCCGGAGACGCUGGGCCAGCUGCGCAGUCUCCAGAAGAAGGCGCGCGACCUGCGACAGGAGAUGAGGAAGCUGCGCCGACUCUCUCAGGAGCACGCCGACGCCGUUAGGGAGAUGAUCGGGGACACCUACUCCAAGAUACGGACGUACCUGUUGUCGGGCAGUGGUCUGCCUCUGAGCGGCUCGGACGACGGGUCGGCGCGGGUCCGCCAGCAGGAGGAGGCCUACAGCAGAGAUGUGCUGGGCGUGGAGCGGGACCUCAGUGAGGUGGAGCAGCACGUGGAGGAUUUGCGAAGCAACGUCAUCAACCGGCGCCGCCGGGUCAACAUGACGGACGUGGAGGGCAUGGCUCUGAUGCUCAGCAAGUCCAGUAAGACCGUAGCAGAUCUUCAGAAGCGUUUUCCUGAGCUUGAGUCGAACCUACGCGGCCUGGUAGAGGUGGAAACGGACCGAGUCAGGAAGGAGGAGAGGUUCAUUGGUGAGGAGCCGCAGAGGCUAGAAAAUGCCCUUCGCAGGAUUAAGAAAUUAUCAGGCACGUUAGUAACCCUGAAAAGGCUUGCGUCCGUGCAGGAGCAGCGCGUGCCCGACACGGAGGAGAGCGUAACGACCACCGCCAAGCCAGCCGACGCACCCGCCAAGCUACCGUCCGCCGCCGCCGCCGCGGGCCACCAGUCUGCCGCCGCCGCUGGAGCGGCAGCGCUCGACGCCGCGCCCCGAAACCCCCUCGAUGCCCUUCUGAGUGAGCUGGAGGCAGCGGCCGUGCUGUGUUGA